AUUCCAUUCAUCUUCUCCUCAUCCUCAUAUCUAUACCACCUCCCGCAUUCUUACAUACAUUGGAUUACUACUAUUUACGACGCAACUGUCAUCGCCACAAUGACCACCCUCGAAGAAAAGAUUGCCCUUUUGCACAAUUACUCUGCUUGCGAUGUCUCCGACGCCCUCCUCAAACUCCAACCGGUGGCUCCAAACACCGCCCCUCGAGCCGGCUAUCUCGCAGACCUGACUCUCCACCCCCCAAACCUCCCCGCAACCCAGAAAACCAAAACAAUCGCCCCAGCCACAACCCUCACCUUCCACCCCAAAUACCCAUCCCCUACCACCGCCCCCAACGCCCCCUCUUCCCCAACUCCAACUCCAUCCCCCAUCCCCCCUCAAACCCACUGGUCCGACCUCACCACCCCCAACACAAUCCUCAUAAUCACCCAACCAAAUGACCAACACUGCGCCGUAGUCGGCGGCAUCAUGGCCCAAAGAAUGAAGUACCGCGGGGUAUCCGGGGUGGUUGUCUCAGGUCGAGUCCGCGAUAUGGCUGAGUUACGGGCCUCCGGGUUGAGUAUUUGGGCCAGGGGAGUGUCGACGGUGGGGAGUGCGGCGGAGACGGUUCCGGGGGGUUUUGGGGGUGUGGUUGAUGUUGGGGGCGAUAUCAUCUUCUGUGAUCCUGAAGAAGGUGUCGUGGCGAUUCCUAGUGAGUUGUUGGAUCGGGUGUUGGAGGUUAUGCCGAAGUUGGUGGCUAUGGAUGAGAGGGUGAAGGGGGCGGUGGCGGGGGGGGUGAGUGUGUUUGAGGCGUUUAGGGAAUUUAGGACGAAGAUUUGA